AAAGCAAAAAUGACAAGGAAUUAUAACCAAGUACAAGUCAAAAAGUAGUAAAAAUAGAACACCAUUUAGAGCAACUGAAAGAGCAGUACAGCAGAAAACAUUGACAAUGUUGUUUUCUUAAGCGGUGAACAGAAAUACACAUCGCUUAUUAUACUGCAGCAUGUGCAUAAUGUAAGGUGAGUAGGCGUGAAUGACUGACAGGCAGCUGACCACAUGUAGCAAGGUCAUAUGUAAAAGGUUGCUUUUCCACUGUCAUUGCAGCCGAGCAGAAGUAACAGAUGGCAGCCAACCAGGGGUUUCCUCAGUCGACAUGGAAGCAGACACGGGUUCUGCGUAAAGAAAACUUUGAAUUUAACAUACUGGUAACACAAUCGUGUUGUGUGGAUUACUGCCUGAAAUGUAAUUUCCAUGUUAGCUGUCUGAAUUCGCAGAAGUACUGAGAAAGGCACCAGGUUUUUCAGAGGUUAUGCUUAAUGACGCAAUGAUGUUGAAUCAGCUGUGCUGUAAUAGUGGUUUCUUUUGCAGAGAUUACAGCGAAGACAUAGGAGAGGAGCCAGCGCAGAUACCAUCAGUGCUAAUAGAUGCCACAGAACAAACACCUGUGGAAACAGUAGAGGCGCCACCAGCAAAACGCCCGAGGACAUCAAAGAAUCGCAAAGAAACUGAAGGUUCGAGGCAACAAAGCUGCGCAUGCCAACAAGUGCAAGAAAUAGCAUGUGCCUGGAGCAUGAGUACUGGUGCAUCCAAGAUGACAUACUUUCUCUACAGCCAUGCAGGUCAGAGUGCAAGCCAUGAGGCUGUUGCGCAAGCCUGUAUGGAACAUCUAGCGCAACUAAAGGAGCAUAAAACCACAAAUAAAAGGGAUGACAUUGCUUAUUUUGCACUGAGAACUGAUGCGCGCCUGCGGGCACUGCCAAUUCAUGUAGCGCAAGACCUGAUGCACCUAAUGGAGUCAAUGAUAUAUCAGGCAGAAGUGGAAAAUAGGAACACCAGCAAUUGA